AUGAAUGAAGAAAAGAAAAACUUAAAACUAAAUCGCUGUGUGGAUUGGUUACAAAAACAAAAUGAACAAGAACCGAAGAAGUUGUCUUUACAAAAUAAAAACGAUAUUCAAUUUAUUAUCCAAACCAACACCGACAGGAAGAACUUUCUUCUUGCGGCAGCUGAAGACGAAGCAACGGUGCCGCCUGGAGUUGAUGAGACAGAAAUGGAACCAAAACCUGUGCCUCUUCGACGACUUCGUGUAGAGAAUUUGUGUUUAGAAUGCGAAUGGCAUUCAUGCCGCUGGAAAUUUUCGGACUAUGACCUAUUCCAGAAACAUGUUGCUGAUCAUAUUUCUGACCUCCAUGUUAUCAAAAAAGAAAAAAUUGAAGAGAAAUAUGUCUGCAUGUGGGAUAUAUGUGGGCACACAACAUCCGACUUUAAUGAGAUAUGCAGGCAUAUAAAUUAUCACGCAUAUCAUGCAAAGCUCCUGGCAAUCGGUUACAACGGGCGGGCCACGCUUAACUUGGCACGUUGUAAAAAGGAUUCGAGUAAAAGAAAUCAAUUGCCGCCGUCGAUAAGUGUACAUCGUUGCAUGUGGGUUGAUUGCGACAUCGCGUUUAAUUCUAUGCAGAUCCAGACAUUUCGCACCUUUAAAGCUACUGACCGUUGUCGAUCUGGAUCUUUCUCGAUCACGUCAAAUUUCAUGAAGCUCUGUGACCAUUUAUUGAGGCAGAACGUGAACCCGCAGACGAGCUACCACUGCUCGUUCUGCGGUUUGGGCUUCGCGAGCGCGUACCUCGAGCGGGAACACUCGCGGCAGCACGUGUCGCUGUACGCGUGCAGCCUCUGCGAUAUGUCCGCGCCCACGCUCUCCGCGCUCGCGCUGCACGUGCGCUACCGUCACCUGGGCGCGCACGCACACACACACGCCUGCCCGCACUGCUCCCACCGGGCGGUAACAAAAUGCGAUUUACGUAAACACAUUCUAACGCACACUCGCAAAAAGAAGAAAAAGAAGGUGGAAAUCAAAAAUGAGGAAGGAAUCAGCGAUAGAGAAUCAUUAGAGGAAGAGAAUUCAGACGAAGAAGUGGUAAAGAAGCCCAAGAUUCCGAGGAAGUAUGCGUGCCACAUGUGUCCGGAGAAGGAAAUGAAGAUAUUCUCAAGAGGUACACGGUUGACCACGCAUCUCAUCAAAGUCCAUGGCGCACAGUGGCCUUUUGGACAUAGUCGGUUUAGAUAUCAGUUAAGUGAAGACGGUAUGUACAGGCUCACGACAACCAGAAUCGAGGACCUGGAGGUUUCCAAAAAGAUCGUCGACGGUUACAGCGGACCGAAGAAUACGUUAACAAACUCCUUCGAGUUCGAUGUGAAGCAAAUAGCCGAGCCGACGGAAUCUACGCCCACGCAUUUUAUGAUCACAAUGAAGAGUAACGAUGUAGAGAAUGUCAAAAUUGAGCAGAAGGAGGAGAAAAACGACAACUCUGUGGAAAUAACUAUGUGUGAUGUGGACGAACAUGGGAACAUUAUCAACUCUAAAGUUAUUAAGUCGGACGUCGUGUAUGCCUAA